GUUGCAAAAGAAAGUGCUGAUGUCAUUAUACUGGAUGACAAUUUUACAACCAUAGUGAAUGUAGCUAAAUGGGGACGUACAAUAUAUAUCAACAUUCAGAAGUUUGUGCAGUUCCAGUUAACUGUCAAUGUUGUCGCACUAAUGAUCAAUUUUCUUUCUGCAUGCAUCUCAGGAUCUGGACUCCUUACGGUUGUGCAGUUGCUAUGGGUCAACCUGAUUAUGGACACACUAGGUGCAUUGGCACUGGCUACGGAACCGCCAAAUGAGGGACUGAUGGAUAGGCCUCCUGUUAGGAGAGAUGUGAGUUUUAUUACCAAGGCCAUGUGGAGAAAUAUUAUUGGUCAUAGUGUUUAUCAACUGGCUGUCCUUUUAGUUCUUAAUUACAAUGGGAAGCAACUUUUGAGACUUACAGGAUCAGAUGCUACAGCCAUUCUCAAGACUUUCAUAUUCAACGCCUUUGUCUUUUGUCAGAUGAAACUAGCAAACAUCCGAAAAAAACUGAUCAUGAAUCCACUGUCCACAUCAGUUUACUUUGUGAAUCCUUCAGGUGCUAUUAAAAAUGCGCCCGGCAGGAAAAAAAAAGAGGUGUUCAACGAAAUAAACAGCCGUGAGAUUGAGAAGAUAACCUUUCUUCGUGGUAUGUUCGAUAGCUGGAUAUUCGUAGGUGUCAUGGUUUCCACAGUAAUAUUCCAAGUAAUAAUAGUCCAGUUCCUGGGAACUUUUGCUAGCACUGUACCGUUAAGCUGGGAAAUGUGGUUACUCAGCAUUUUGAUAGGAGCAGUGAGCAUGCCUGUUGCAAUUGUUUUGAAGUGCAUCCCAGUUGAAAGAGAGAAUGCUAAGCACCAUAAUGGGUAUGAUCUACUCCCCAGUGGUCCAGAACUUGCUUGA